AUGAAUAAAGAUCUUAUGCUUAAGUUAGUAAAUAAUGAGCGUCAAAAAAUUGGCGUUAAUGAAUUAGAAUGGGAUUCCCGUUUAGAAAAAGUUGCUCAACUACAAUCUAACUUUAUGGCUUCAUGCAACACUUGUACACAUGCUAGUAAAUCUGGUGAUCUUGGUACUAGAAUUGAAGCCCAAGGAUUUUCUUGGUCCAGCUGUGCAGAAAAUGUUGCUGGCGGUUACAAAAAUGAAGCCACGGCAGUAGAAGGAUGGAUGAAAUCUCAAGGACACAAAACGAACAUGCUCAAUCCAAGAUAUACUCAUUUUGGAGCUGGAUUUUCGAAUGGAUUCUGGGCUCAGGUUUUUGGAAGUGAGUUAUAG